AUGUCGCAGCACGAUUCCGAAUCCGAAUCUGAAUCUGAUGGUAGUAUUACCCCCUCCAGCGCUUCUGCUGAAGAAUACGCACGCGAUGCAUACGUCGAAGGACGCGUCUGUCGCUUUCUAGGCCACAUCGAAGCCGUCCCCAUCAACCGCGAGGGCACCCUCGUGCAAGUCCACCGCGCUUGGGUCAAUGUUACCCAUCGGACCCGCCGCGACUUCUCGGUCUUGAGUGACAACCCUCACGGUCCCCGGUGGGAUUUCUGCUACAAGCUCCCUGGCCCUGGCAACAGCUGGCUCGCCAGAACGACUGAAGACACUAACGCAUCGACUGAGCUAUUCCAGACUGUCCAGAAACACAGCGUCAAGGGCUACAAGCACCACACAUACGAGUGUGACCAUAAUGGGGCUUCUUCAUGGAUUAUUGAGAGUUACCCGGAAGAGGAGAAAAUGGACAAGGUUCUUGAAGGUAGAGAAAUGAUUCGGACUCUGCAGCAACGUUUGGGCUUCGAGAUCGGGGACGUCUAUGGAAGGCAUUUUCGGUAUAAGCCUUCGAAGUUGAAUGAUCUUGGAAGAGAGCGUCGGUGGAUAGAGGAAGGGGAUUUGUAUGAGGAUGAGGAAGACGAAACGGAUGACGGAGAGGAUAGUGAAGAAGAUGACGAGGACGAAGACGAUGAGGAUGAGGAUACCGAAAUGGAUGACGGUGAGGAAAGCGACGAUCAAGAGGAUGACGAUGAGGAUGACGAUGAGGAAUCAGUAUCGACAUUUGGAGCGAUCUGGGCGAGUUGUGCUUGA